UUGACAGACGAGCCAGACAGCGGCAGCGAGCACUCGACGCGGCAAGGCAGCCCGCACGAUAGCAUGGCAGUAGUCGGAGCAAUUUAGCCAGAAGUCGGUCAGGCCUCCGACAGCACCAAGAAGGAGCCCAGCAUUUGGUUUCCUCAUCCAUUGCAGCCCUUCAGACAACCCGCCGGCAUACUUAUCGGCAACGCUGCAUAGAGAGCCGCAUUUCCUUUCUUCUUAUGCUGCACGCAGGAGAUGCACUAUGCACAGUAUCACCAUCUUCAUCACCAUCGACCACCUUGCAUUCCAUAGUUCGGCAAUAGCUUGCGGCUCGUUUACCCGGCGACAGUCUGGCAAACGCUGCAACCGACCUGGCCUCACCUUCGCCGCAUCGCCUUUCCUCUCAGUUCGAGCCACGUUAGAGCGGACCGAUAAGAGGAAACGUCACGAAGAUGACAGGCUCUCUGAGUGAGCACGCAUUCAAGCCGUUCGAGGUGUCCGCCGCGCAUCUCGUCUACGUCGGCUUUGGUGCAUUCGUUGUCAUCUUUGCCUCCUUCGCACUUUUCAUUAAGGAGAAGCUUUACCUUGGAGAAGCGCCCAUCGCCGCCGUCUUUGGGAUCAUCGUCGGUCCGAUCGCGAUCAACCUCUUCCAUCCGGCACAAUGGGGCGCGCAGCCAGAGCAGGUCGCACCCGGAAAUGAAAUUACCAACGAGAUCUCGCUCGAGCUGCUGCGCGUGACGAUCGCGCUCGCAGUCUUUGCUGCGGGCGUUGAGCUGCCGAAAAAGUACUUGCUGCGCCACUGGCGCUCGCUCAGCAUCCUCCUCGGCCCCGUCAUGGUCUACGGCUGGCUCCUGACCGCCGCAUUCAUCUAUGCGCUCAUCCCGCGCCUCGACUUCCUCAACAGCCUCGUUGUUGCCGCCGCCGUGACGCCAACCGACCCAGUGCUCUCUGCAUCCGUCGUCGGCGGGCCGUGGGCCGAGAAGCACGUCCCCGCGCACAUCCGCCAUCUGCUCAUCUGCGAGUCCGGCUGCAACGAUGGUGCCGCCUUUCCCUUUCUCUACCUCGCUCUCUACCUCUCCUUUAAUCGUGACAAUGUCAGAUAUGCCGUCGGCCGAUGGGUGUAUGAGACGAUCCUGUACGAGAUCGUCAUGGGCACCAUCCUCGGCGCGCUGAUCGGCUACGCAGCACGCAAGAUGAUUCGCUUCUCGGAGCGCCACAAGCUCGUGGACCGCGAGUCGUUCGUCGCGCAGUACGUUUCGCUCGCGCUGCUCUCCAUGGGCGUCAACGUGCUCCUCGGGUCGGAUGAUUUGCUCGCCGCGUUCGCCUGCGGAGCCGCCUUUGCCUGGGACGGCUGGUUCACACGCCAAACAGAGGACUCGAACUUUUCCAGCGUCGUCGACCUGCUCUUCAACGUCGCCACAUUUAUCUAUAUCGGGGCCCAGAUGCCCUUCUCCCAGUUCACAGGCGGCGGACACAGCCAGUUGGAGCUGUGGCGCCUUUUCGUUAUUGCCAUUCUCACACUCCUGUUCAAGCGCAUCCCGAUCGUCCUCGCACUGUGGAAGUACAUCCCGGACAUCAAGACGUUCCGCGACGCGCUCUUCGUCGGGCACACGGCACCCAUCGGCACGGGCGCCAUCUUCAUCAGCACGCUCGGCCGUACGCUGAUGCCGGCAGAAGUCCCGAUCCCGCCUCAGACGUCGAAUGAUGUGCUCGCGCUCUCCAUCCUGCCCAUCACCUACUUUAUCGUCCUCUGCUCCAUCGCCGUGCACGGCCUCACCAUCCCUGUCUUCUCCUUCUCCAAGGGUGCCCACAAGGUCACGCGCACCUGGUCGCGUCACACGUCGUUCGCUGAUGGAGAGCCGAGCUGGAUGACGCGCGCCAUGCGCCGGACGCGCACUGGCGAGUCGCAGGCGACGAGCAUGCAGUACGACGAGGAUGGGGAAGGAGGUGGAAUGAGCGAGAUCAGAAGAGUCCUUGCCGCGCAGCUCGCCAACAUUGGCAAGGGCGCCAUCGGCGGCGAAGAGGAAAAGGAGCUCAGGGACCGUCUCGAGGGAGACGAAGAGGGGAGAGUGGAAGGCACCAGUCCUAAUGCCACCACGUCUGACUCAUCCAGCACAGCAUUCCGUGACAGGCGGGUUACCCCGGGGUCACAAGACAUCGAUCUGGAAAAGGGAGAGGCGACCGGCGAUUUAGGCGUAGGCAUGAUGGAGAAGCUUGAAAAAGGAAAUUUGGAUGACGCAAUCGACGACUUGGAAGAUGGGAUCGAAGCCGAUGACAAUAAUGCAUGCUCGGAGUGGACCGGCGAGGACACGUGCGAGAUGCGACGAUAUCGCGAGCAGCAGAAAACUAAUGAGGCUACUAAGGCUGCGCUAAAGCUUGCACACGCUCAGCAGCGGCAACAAGAGCGCGAGCAGGGCGAGCCGCUCGAAGACGACCUUGGCGAGGCGCCCAUGGACCGCGACAUUAGCCCGUGUCGCAUCGGCAACGAAGGUCAAGCUGCCACUGUUACCGCUGAACGGGGCCGAAUGCUGUCUUCCGCAGCCUAUCGUCAUCGGGACGGAGGGGAUGAGCAAAGAGAGCAGGGCGAAGACGAGUACCCGCUUGUGCGAGAAUGGAUAGAGGGCAACCAUCUGGUGCUGGAGCUGUGCAAAUCGCGACUGGAAGAGCCCAUUGUUGAAGUCAUCCACCUCACCGACGAGGAGAAGGCGGCGAUGAAUGGGCACCAAUCCAAAUCGUUCAAGUGGGUCCGCGACCACGCUUCGGAGCUGAAACUCCUUGUGAAGGAUGAUGUGGCGAGCGAAUGGACGCUCGAGAACGCGCGGCACAAGCUCUUGCAGCAUGGCAUCCCCGGCAAGCUAGCGAAUGCCCAGCCCAUUGUCAGCCAAAGGACAGAACGGGAGGCAUUUAAGCAGACGGCCGAGGGCCAUAUUUCGAGCAAGGAAGCAAUGAAGGAAAUAGAAGGGUGCGAGUCCACGCCGUCCCCGCGCGACUCGCCACGGCAGGGAAACAGCCCGAACCGGAAGAGCCAAGAAGAAACCGCUGCAGAGCGCCAGGCUCGUGCUGACCUGCUUUACGGUGCGCUCAACUGGGCAUCGGAGCAACGUGGCACGGAUAGCGAUCCUUCUUCGACUGCUGAUAAAGGUCGACGCCGCCCAAGCCCUCCACAGUCUCGCUCUUCUGGAAGCAAGUCACUACCGGAUUCCAAUUCGCCCUCACGCAAGAGCACUACAUCCACCUUGCCGCCACGCAAAGACGUUCCGGCAACAACCAACAAAGCAACCUAUCGACCGGUCGGUGCAAGGCGGGAAUCCAUGAGGAAGAAGCUGCUCAGUGGGAAGAUCAGUCUCAGCGGUCGACGCACAAGUUCCGCAGUUGAUGUGGACGACGCUGAUGAAGGCAUUCAGGAGGAAGUUGAAAUGGAAGCGCCGGCCGAAACUCAUCCUACGCCCCAAUCACAUGUCAGAGCCUUGAAGAACUUCCCCCGAAGCGCCAGCCUGGGUGGAUUGGGCUAUAGCGCGCCGGACGAGGAGGCUUCGGGACAAGCAAGCCCUAGUUCUUUACGUGGACAUCAUCGCGCCUCGAGUAUCGUCUGGAUGGACAUCGAAGAUGGACAUGACCGCACGCCCCGUACGCCGUUAGCGUCCGCUUCAAUCAUGCCGCGCAAGCUGCGCUCGCGCACCAAUAGCAACAACAACAGUAACAGCAAUGAUCGUGAUCGCUCCGUGCAGUUUGCAGAAACAAGCAACGAUGACAAUGAAGGCGGCUCGGAGAACGGCCAGACGCCUCGGCACAAAUACCGCGGCCUAGCCGGCUUGAUAUCCUCCUUGCGGUCCGGCGCGACUGCACGCGACUAUGAAGAGCCAUCGGAACCCGAAACGCCGCCCCAGCAAGCAUCCUCCGCGUCUGGUAUAUUGCAGCCGCCACCAGCCAAGAAAUGAAGCCGGUCGCCAGCUCGCCACGAUUUCUUAAAGGCAUCAUAGACUUGCUCGCAUCUGUAUUUGUAGAGAGAAAUCGCAUGUUCCUACGGGCAUCCCGUUUACGCCAGGC